AUGAAGUUCAACUCUGGAUUCACCGCUUUCGUCGUCGCCUCGGUGGCCACUGCCCACCUCUCUGGUGCGGCUCCCGUCAACAAUGGCGUCUCUCAGUCCAACUCGCAGGGGACGUCGCAGCAGGCUUCGGGCAAGGAUGUUGUCCAGACCUCGGACUCGCUCCAGGCCAACAAGCAGGGCGUCAAGAUUUCGAGCGACGACGCAUGGAAGCUGACGCACCCGGCAAUUGCCCUGCCGCCCAAGGCCAAGGCUCCCUCGGCUCCCGCGUCAGGGGGUAGCGGCCACCCGGAAGACGGUGGCGGCAAGACGGGCGACCUGCUCGACGUUAACCUGCUGAACGGCAACAAGGCAAAUGUUCAGGCGGCGGGUACGGGCGACCAGGCCAACAAGCGCUCGCCCGGCAACCUUGUCGACCUCGAUGCGCUCAACGGCAACGACGCCAACGUUCAGGUCCUCGGCACUGGCAACCAGCACAACUGGUCCAGCAAGGACAAGAAGAAAGAGUCGCACGACGCCAACACCGGCGACCUGGUCAAGGCCAACCUGCUCAACGGCAACGACGCCAACGCCCAGGUUGCCGGCACAGGCGACCAGUCCGACAAGAACAAGCGCCAACUCUUCGCCCAGGGAAAGCAGGGUGCUUCCGCUGACGGAUACGGCGGCUCCAGCCAGCAGGGGCAGACCAACACGCCCGUCCUCAGUGGCGCCGGCAACUCGCUCUCCGCCGGUGGCUCGCAGUUCGGCGAGAACAACGGCCAGGGUGGCGACAUCACCCAGCAGCUCCUCCAGCAGCUCCAGGGGCGUCAGUUCCUCGGCGAGAAGGCUGGCCAGGGUGCUUCCGCCAACGGAUACGGCGGCCAGUCGGCCCAAGGCCAGUCCAACGCUCCCGUCCUCUCUGGCACGGGCAACUCGCUCACCGCCGGCGGUGCUCAGCAGGCACAGAACGACGGCACUGGUGGACAGAUCCAGCAAGGUCUCGAGCAGAUCGAGAAGCUCGGCGGUGGCGUUUUCGGCAGGCGCCAGCUGUUUUCGUCCGGUAAGCAGGGUGCCUCUGCCAACGGAUCCGGCGGCUCUUCGCUCCAGGGCGAGCAGAACGCUCCGGUUCUCAGCGGUGCUGGCAACAGCUUGACCGCCGGUGGUGCUCAGGGUUCCGAGAACAACGGCCAGGGCGGCUCGAUCCAGCAGUCGCUCUCGCAGCUCCAGAAGCUUGGCGGCGGCUUUGGCAAGCGCCAGCUCUUUGCCCAGGGAAAGCAGGGUGCUUCUGCCGACGGCUUUGGUGGCUCCAGCCAGCAGGGUCAAACCAACACGCCUGUCCUCAGCGGUUCUGGCAGCUCUCUCACUGCCGGUGGCUCUGAGUUCGGUGAGAACAACGGCCAGGGUGGCGAUGUCCAGCAGACGCUCGCUCAGAAGCUCGGCUUGGGCAAGCGACAGCUGUUCGCCUCUGGCUCGCAGAAGGGCAGCGCGGACGGCUUUGGCGGCUCCUCGGCCCAGGGCCAGUCGAACGCUCCCGUCGUCUCGGGCGCCGGCAACUCGGUCACCACCGGUGGCGAGCAGUUUGGCGAGAACGACGGCACAGGCGGCAGCGUCAGCCAGUCUCUGGCUCAGAAGCUCGGCCUGGGUGGGUUUGGUAAACGCCAGUUCGAGGCUUUGGGCCAGCAGGGUGCUUCGGCCAACGGCUACGGUGGCGACAGCUUCCAGUACCAGAACAACAGGCCCGUUGUGAGCGGUACGGGCAACUCGGUGACUGCGGGCGGUGCGCAGGGUGCCGAGAACAACGGCCAGGGCGGCUCGAUCGAGCAGGGCAUCAAGCAGCUGUUUGGUAAGCGCCAGAACCAGGGUCUGGGCCAGGGCAUCGGUCAGGGCAUCGACCAGACCGGCUCGGCCAACGCCCAGGGCGGCUCGGCGUACAUCUACGGCAACAACGGUCCCGCCACGGUCGACGGCACUGCCACUGCGGGCAGCGUCAACCAGGGUGCAUCGGGCUACCAGGACGGUGCGCAGUCUGCGACCCAGGGUCUUAGCCAGCAGACGCUGAACCGCUUCUUUGCUCGUCAGCUCCAGGAUCUGCAGCAGGGCAUCGGCCAGGGCAUCCACCAGAACGGCCAGGCCGACGCGCAGGGUGGCUCGGCCUACCUCGUGGGUGGCAACGGCCCUGCCUAUGUCAAGAACGGCGCUACGGCCGGAACUGUCAACCAGAACGGACAGGCUCAGCAGCAGGCUCAGCAGAGUGGCACGCAGUCGCUCGACCAGCAGCUCGAGAACCUGUGGGGACGACGUGACAUCCAGGGCCAGGGCCAGGGCACUGCUCAGACCACCUCGCAGCAGGGAUCUGCCGAUGCUGCGGGCGGCAACGUCAAGGUUGUUGGCUCCGGCUACGCCUCGGGCCCGGUCAACGUCGAUUCUUCCAGCCACGCCGGUGUGGUGGACCAGGACAGCUCGAGCAACCAGAAGAGCGCACAGGAUGCGUCGCAGGUGUCGAACAAGGCCUGGUGGGCUCGCGGCUACGGUAGCGACCUCAACACGCAGGUGCAGGGCAACACGCAGAACACCAAUGUCAAGGGUGACGCCUCUGCGCACGCCGCCAACAUCGAGCCCGCGCACGUCGCUUCCGGCUACCUGUGGACCUACCACCCGGACCAGUUUACCGACAACGCCGCUGUGGCCGGCAGUGUCAACCAGGGUGUUCAUGCGGACCAGGGAAACAGCCAGCAGGCUAGCCAGAACAACAAGCGUGCCGUCCCCGCCGCGCUGUACUACGGCAACCAGAACGCCAACGCCGACGCACAGGGAGGCUCGUCGUCGUCGUUUGAGAACAACGACAAGGUGGUCCAGGGCAACGGCAUCACGUCCAACCAGGGCGGCGCCCAGUCCGCAAACGGCAGCUCCACCGGCGGCUCCAUCAAGCAGCUCCUCCAGCUUUGA